UAAGAGGUUUAAGCAUAGUUCAGGCAUUAUACUUGGAAUUAGCCUACUUGUGAUGUGGAAAAUAAUUAUAACGUUGCGAAAAGACUACGCCCACGCGCGCGCACGGUGAGGCACGAAGAAUUUUAAAUCCGCAGACACAAUACGCUGCGAGUUCAAUGCUAAUCUAAAUAAUUGUGCACGGUGCAGAUACGGCUCAUUUUAUGUAUGUUUGACUGGCUCGUACGCGUUGUAAUCCUCGAGCGAAACUGGGUGAUUCUUCUGGUUGUACUUUAUGUUAUGAUGUUUCAUACUACGAUGCACGUUUAACUUGCCGCGACCGACCAUUAACAUGCCACGCUAGAAUUAGCGACGAUUCCAAAACUCGCGUAGCCUAGUUAAAGUAUACGCGAAUAAUCGUCGCUUUUUAAACAUCAAAUUGUAUUCCAAUACAUGCCGUAUUAUUUUCCAGAUUAUAGUAUUUUAUUUGCCGGUUUAAUUCGCUUCAGAGCAACGUUGUCAUAAUUUGUGAUUAAAUCAAGUUGGUUCAUGAUGUUGAAUUUUCCCGGAUUAAUAUCCCACUAUUCAUUCAGAAUACAUUAUGUCGAGAUGCAAACUGGAAUGGUUAUGCCUUUUCUCAAAGACUAAACGAACAGAAGCCAGCCUGGUCAUUUGAACGUAUUUUCUUAAACCCACUCUUGUUUAUAUGGUUAUCCUUUUUGGUGGAAUAUCGGCUACCAACAGCAGCCGACAGAGACGCAGGCGCAUGAAGGGGUAAACAUCCAAUGGAGCUUAAUGUUUGAAGACAAAUAAAAGCAAAGCUCGUAAUAUAGAGAAUUUAAAGGCGCUUUCGAGCUCGGGGAGGUCCUGAAGUCUGUUUUCGCCCUUUCCACGUGAUUGGCAAACUUGACAGUGACUGACAGGCAUCCGUACAAACUACGCAACCGAUCUGCCAAGUCCAAUAGAAAAUCAGCAGUGGGUUGAAUGUCUUUUUCCCUUCAAAAUCAUCACGGUUCUAGUUUUAUAUUUUCCUACUGUCGAACCCCCCAAAUUCACUGAUCGAGGCUGCCAUAGUCAGCCAGAGGGCAUCCCCUUCCCUUGUAUUUUUGACGGUUGAUUUUUUGACUGUGGGAUUGCAUUUUUGUUUGGAUCCGAGAGGCAUCGCUUGAGCGAAGGAGCGGGAGUGCGUGUGAGCAGAAGAGACCGCGGGGGAAAAGAGAAGCCUCCAUGUUUCAGCUGCCAAUCUUGAAUUUUAGCCCCCAGCAGGUAGCAGGGGUUUGCGAGACUUUAGAGGAGAGCGGGGACGUUGAAAGGCUCGGUCGCUUCCUCUGGUCGCUGCCCGUAGCUCCGGCUGCCUGCGAUGUGCUCAACAAGAAUGAGUCGGUCCUGCGAGCGCGAGCCAUCGUGGCCUUCCACACUGGGAAUUUUCGCGAGCUCUACCACAUCUUGGAAAGCCACAAAUUUACCAAAGAGUCUCAUUCAAAACUGCAGGCCCUUUGGCUGGAGUCGCACUACCAGGAGGCGGAGAAGUUGAGGGGCCGCCCGCUAGGACCGGUGGAUAAAUACAGGGUGAGGAAGAAGUUCCCUCUGCCCCGGACGAUUUGGGAUGGCGAACAAAAGACGCAUUGCUUCAAGGAGAGAAUCCGGCAUUUGCUCAGAGAAUGGUACCUUCAGGAUCCCUAUCCAAACCCGAGCAAAAAGAGGGAGCUUGCUCAGGCUACCGGACUGACUCCCACACAAGUAGGGAACUGGUUCAAAAACCGCAGACAAAGGGACAGAGCUGCAGCCGCGAAAAACAGGCUACAGCAGCAAGUCCUAUCCCACGGCUCAGUUCGGUCUAUAGCGGAAGAUGACGGCACUCUGGAUCGACUCGGCACUGCAUCAAGUCCCGAGACCAGUCUUACCAGGAAAGCCGCCCCCUCGGCCGUCUCCUUGACUUCCAGCGACAGCGAAUGUGACAUCUAAUUGCGCGCCCCGCCAGCCAGCGUGAGACCGGAUAUAAAAGAGAAAAUCCAUACGUUAGGAAGUGAACUGAUAGCUAUAAACCGCAAGAUGGAACAACAGUGCCUGCCUUAAGGAAUGAGGACAGUUUAACCCAAAGGCUGCCAAAUCGUCAGGCUUCAUCCGAAAUGCCAUGUCUUAACAAUGUAUAUAUUUUCCAUUUACAUUUUUUAAAAUCGAUGGUACCUUUUCUAUAGACGCCCGUUUUAAAACACGAAAAAAAGAAAAAAAAAGAAAAACGGUCACCUGAAAUAAAAUUAAACUGACAGACAUUUUGAAAAGAACAACAGCUCCCCUUUUUUAAAGGAGCCUCAAAUUGCACUGCAAAACAAUCGACAAGACAACACAGUGCGAGCAUCUGCACGUCAAGUCUCAAGGCUAUUUCAAGUUCUGCUCUCAUUUUUAUUCAGUCUUUUUUAUGGAUGUUUAUUCGCUUAUUUGAAUGAUUUAUUUAGCUGUUCAUUGUGCAGAGUUGAAACGUGUAGAAUACAUGUGUCUCUGAGUGGUGGUGGACAUAUAUAGGACUAUUUCAUUAAAAAUGUAAAAUAAAGAAAUAAUUUGUCCAUCAAAUGAAUGAAGAUGGCAUUUUAUUACAAUAGCGAUGAGCAGUGAAUACAUUAUUAUUAUUAUUAUUAUUAUUAUUAUUAUUAUUAUUAUUAUUAUUAUUAUUACUAUUAUGUGAUAUGACUUAUCAUUUUUAGAAAUCUAUCGAAGUCGGGUUAAUGUGGGCCUGCGGUAUAGUCAAAAUGUUACAGGUUUGUGGUAGUGGAGAUAUGGUUAAAGAUAGCCUAAAGUCAAAGAAUUAUGUUUGAAUAUAGAUCAGACAGUAAAAUAAAUUUUAAAGCGUCAUUGUUCAAAAUAUUUAUGAUUUUCAUCAUGACAUAAACAAAUCAAAAAAUAUAACCUUCAGGAAUUCAAUUAUGUUUGGCAAAUACCUUUCUUCUCUUUAUUUGUGUUAGCCUAUGCUUGAUACAGGAUUCAUUUGAACGUUUUCAGUCGUCAAAACGUCCCAUGGCCUAUAAGUAAAGUAGCUAGUUUAAAAAAAAAAAUUUUAAAAAUGUAUUGUUCUUUCCCAAAACGCACGAGUGCGAAAAUUGUGUUACUUGUUUAAUGUGACUUGACACAGAGGCGACACGUUUAUUGUGCCUUCUAAUUGGCUUGGUCCGCGUUCUGUAAUCCAUUUUGACAGCUUAGGGUCAGAAAAAGGACGAGUCACAAACAGUUGGUCCUCGCGACCACCAUAAAAAUAAUUGAGUCUUGAUACCUUUCUUGACAGAGGGAUGCAGUUACCCCGGAUGAACCUUUAAGUAACUUGAGCUGUGCAAUUUUAUGGUGAGUACAUGUAGUCCCGCGUUAUUCGUUUGGGGGAGUACAGCUAUAUAAAAUGAAAAACCUGAAGAGUAAAGACAUUGCAUCCAAAGCAUCAUCAACAGUGAUUCCAAGCAGUAACCAAACUGAAAUAUCAGAUAGUUGCAUACCAGUAAUGGGUUCGAAUUACCUUUUUAAUCAUCCUUACGCAUGCGAAGGCCAUUUGGCUUUUCUACUUCAGAAAUAUGUUUUUGCCAUUCAUGGUGUUUGGCCUACAGACCAGAACAUGUGCAAUGUCUGUUUUGUUCGUCAUCUAUUUUGAAAACAAUUUAUGUAGCCUAUUACAUUUUGUACGUGAAUGAGAGGCAUCAAUUGUAAAGCGCUUUGGAUAAAAGCGCUAUAUAAAUGCAGUCCAUUUACGUGUUAGCGAAAUUGUUCUUUGAAAAAAAUCUGUUUCUGUACUGUACAUAUAAUCCUCAUUGGACUAAUAUAAACUUUAUGAAAAAAAGAUUGGGUGUUAUAUCACUUUUAACCAUGUUAAAUCAAGUCUAACUUCCAGUGGGUGCAAAGUGUAGCCUAUUCUAUUGAAGUUAAAAGUGCACACAAUUGAUUUCAACUGAGAAUUUUGCAAUGCAGAGUUGCAUUAACACUGCACAUUUCAUUGUUUAUGUAUCCUGAAUGUCUGCUGCUGUAAUUAAAAACUAUAUAGGCUAUUUGCGCCUGCCAGCACGGGCCCAACAUACAUAAAGGUAACGCAUGCAUAUAAAAACAUAUCACAUAGUAAGCUAACUGUUAAUAAUAUGGAAAAUCUGGUAAAAGUAAAAGUGUAGAUAAUUACAUUUUUAAAUAAAAUAACAAAAAUGCUAUA